UUCACCCCAUCCCUCCACAACAACCCCCGACAGAUUUUAGUUAGACGAAGGAUUUUCCAAUACUAACUCUCUACAUCUCUUUUGUUUAGAUGUUGCUAUUUUUAAUGCAUCAUUAAGUGAUUUUCCUUCCAAGGCUGUUAGUGGAAAGAGUAUUUACUUCAAUUAAGGAUCCUUUUUUGUUUGUCUUUUUCUAACACGUCAGAAAAUGGGGAUCGAUUCUGGAGUCAAUAUUUCAGGUGAUGUUGAACCUUACGGGGGGAAAAGUGCCUUCACCCAACUGGAGCACAACAUAGUGGCUGGAUAUCUCAUAACGGCAGGUGUCAUAAGUUUAUUGAGCAACAUUGUGGUGCUGCUAAUGUUUAUGAAGUACAAGGAGCUGCGCACUGCCACCAACUUUAUUAUAAUCAACCUGGCUUUCACCGACAUCGGAGUGGCUGGUAUUGGCUACCCCAUGUCAGCUGCCUCAGACAUCCAUGGCAGCUGGAAAUUUGGCCACACGGGGUGUCAGAUCUAUGCAGCUCUCAACAUCUUUUUUGGCAUGGCCAGCAUCGGCCUGCUGACUGUGGUGGCCAUUGACCGCUACCUCACCAUCUGCAGACCAGACAUGGGGCAGAAAAUGACGAUGCAAUCAUACAACCUAUUGAUUCUGGCAGCAUGGCUGAACGCUGUGUUCUGGUCCUGCAUGCCCAUAGUGGGCUGGGCAGGUUACGCCCCCGACCCCACUGGAGCCACAUGCACCAUCAACUGGAGACAGAAUGAUGCCUCCUUCAUCUCUUACACCAUGGCUGUGAUUGCUGUGAACUUUGUGUUGCCUCUGUUAGCCAUGUUUUAUUGCUACUACAACGUGUCCGUCACUACGAAGAGAUACAAAGCCAGCAACUGCCUGGACAGCAUCAACGUCGACUGGUCCGAUCAGAUGGACGUCACCAAGAUGUCCGUGGUAAUGAUCGUCAUGUUCCUUGUGGCCUGGUCUCCGUACUCCAUCGUGUGUCUCUGGGCAUCAUUCGGUGACCCCAAGACCAUCCCUGCCUCCAUGGCCAUCAUCGCUCCACUCUUUGCCAAGUCCUCCACCUUUUACAACCCCUGCAUUUAUGUUGCUGCCAACAAAAAGUUCAGACGAGCCAUCAUUGGGAUGAUCCGAUGUCAAACCAGGCAGAGAAUCACCAUUAAUACUCAGGUUCCCAUGACAACCUCCCAACAACCCCUGACCCAAUGAGGUGAAAUUGCAUCGGUAUCUCAUUGGAUUAUUACUCCCUAGCAUUAAAACAAUGUGUAUUAGAUUAA